UCCUAGCACACCAACAGCCUGACUGACAAGGCAAAAGAGCAAUCAGGUCGGGUCGCAUGAUGACGAUGAUGACACUUGACACUAUGGACCCCUCAUUUCAUUUUCUUUUUUUUGUAAAGUCGCCUUGUUUAACGUGCCCGUUUCUUAGCCGUUGACUUGCCUUUCCGCUAUUAACGGCUUUUGUCGGCCAGAGAUUCAAGGCCAAGAUGAACAUAGUUCUCAACGUCGAGAUACUCAAAAGAAAGGGAUGGACAGUUCUAUGGGACCACCUAAGCUGAAAAGUAAGGCGUGACAGUUCGGUAGGCGAAUUACCCAGGGAGAUAAUGCAGUAAGGAUGCCUAGAUCCGAGACCCAUCACCCAUCAAUGCGAGGCCUCAAUAGAGGCCCAUUUUCGUUUGGCAACUUGCAAUCGUGACAAGACAAUCUAAUGAGAUUAAGCAUGAAUGAGAAGAGCGAUUGUCCAUUGCUGGGUGUCCACUGAAGUUCCAAGGUCCAGCCAGCUUCAAUGGAUCACCAUGGCAGGUGGGUGACAAUUGGGUGGGGGGCUAAUCAAGGUACGUAUAUGGGGCUGACUGGCUGCUGGCACUGGCAGUCACUGCCCAGAGGUGCCCCUUCCUCGAUAUCUCUCGCGCUUUCGUCACCCCCAACCAAUAACUUGACAAUAACUCCCCCGUCUAACUCUCUCUCAACUCAACUCGUCCCGCAAAACAAAACCACUUCUUUUUUUCAUCUCUCUUCUCUUUCUCUUGGCCCCAUUCGCCAUCUGCCAACUCCUUCAACUGAAGCUCCUCUCAGCCGAAUUUUGUUUAUUCGCUUUUCCUUAAACAAACCCUCAAACUACUAUAAAUUCCACGACUCAAGGUACGUAUCUACGCUUCUGCCCUGCUCAACCCUUCAACCAUUUGAACAAGAAGCCUCGCCAUAUCCUGUUGCGGCUAUCUCGUCUUGUUGUUGUUGUUUGUGUUUGUUGUGCCCUUCCACCACCCCCUCUGUCGUCAUUGCCCCCCCUCCUCAAACCGAAACGAACACGCACCCAUUAUCCCCCCUUGGGAUCUCCGGGCGCCUUCACCACCACGAUUAAGCGAUAGCCGCCCUAUCUGUACUGCCAACGACAAAAACACCUUAUUUUGAGGCUACUCGUCGUUUAGUUACCGUGUGGUGCUCGUUGUCGCUUGUCGACCAUCUCAGGAGGCCGUCGUCUCAGAAACCCCUCCGCCACUGACACCCAAGAGCGGGGAGCCUCACCGAGUCGUCGCCGCCGCUCUAGCCACACACUAGGCGCGCAACUGCCUCUCCCUGUAUCGCCUAAAACCAUCGACUUAUCGCCCCUCGCCCACUUCGAAGCUUCCUUCAUCAUUCCAUUAUCGUCGCCUUCACCAACGCAUACACGAGCUUGCGCCGUUCGACUCUACCACUCUCUUUGUGCCUGCCUGCCCGUCUCUGCACAUAUUGCUUUAUUUGCUUCGUCUGACUGGCUUGACCACCCCCUUUACUAACUGACCUCAAACACAGUCGCCAAACAUCAACACAAUGGGUCACGAAGACGCCGUCUACCUUGCUAAGCUCGCCGAGCAGGCUGAGCGAUAUGAGGAGAUGGUUGAGAACAUGAAGAUUGUCGCCGGUGAGGAUCGAGAUCUCACUGUCGAGGAGCGAAACCUUCUCUCUGUUGCCUACAAGAACGUCAUUGGCGCCCGCCGUGCCUCCUGGCGCAUAGUCACCUCUAUCGAGCAGAAGGAGGAGUCAAAGGGCAACUCUUCCCAGGUUACCCUUAUCAAGGAGUACCGACAGAAGAUUGAGGCUGAGCUCGCCAAAAUCUGCGACGACAUUCUCGAGGUUCUUGACCAGCACCUUAUUCCCUCUGCCAAGUCUGGCGAGUCCAAGGUUUUCUACCACAAGAUGAAGGGUGACUACCACCGUUACCUUGCCGAGUUCGCCAUCGGUGACCGUCGCAAGGACUCUGCCGACAAGUCCCUCGAGGCCUACAAGGCUGCUACUGAGGUUGCCCAGACUGAGCUCCCUCCCACCCACCCUAUCCGCCUGGGUCUUGCCCUUAACUUUUCAGUUUUCUACUACGAAAUCCUCAACGCCCCUGACCAGGCUUGCCACUUGGCCAAGCAGGCAUUUGACGACGCUAUUGCUGAGCUCGAUACCCUGAGCGAGGAGAGCUACAAGGACUCUACACUGAUUAUGCAACUGCUCCGUGACAACCUUACUCUCUGGACCUCCUCUGAGGCCGAGACCUCCACUGCUGGUCAGGCUGAGGCUCCCAAGGAGGACGCACCUGCGGCUGCCACCGAGGAGCCAGCUGCCCCGGCUGAGGAGCCUAAGGCCGAGUAAGGAGUCGACUAGUGAUUUGUCUAUGCAGGUGUCAGGUGGACUGGUGUCUACGGAGUGUGGACGGAAGACCUCGUUUUUGAUCAAGAGCUUCGGCAUCGUUUCAGUACAGACAAUGGCCAUGGAAGGGCUGACUUUUUCACCAACGGGCUGGCAAGGAGAGUCUACAACAGAGCACUUUUACGUUCUGCUUUUAGACUGUUAAUGCGUUGGCCGUCUGGACAAUAAAAAUACUAAAAUUACUUUCAAUACACGAAAUAUAUGACUAGUGAUGACGCAGCUGAAGAAACUGAAUUGGGUUUUUGGCAUACAAGCAACAACACCAGGUUGCGGUGCCAGGUAUCUUGCUUGAUUGCUGGCCGGGUUCUUGGAUCGUUGAUCCCGGCACAGUUCAUGCCCUUGCCAAGAUAUAUGCGGACAAGAGUACUCUGUCAUGGUUGGUUCAACCAUAAUCUGAUUCUGAGGAGGCCGUAAAGUCAAGUCUUAUCUUUCGAAGUUUUAUUUGAAGGAUGUGAUUCCUGUUCAUCCUCAAUAACGGCAAAGUGAACUCGAAGCCACAAACUACAGUCGAGACAGCCAACCACAAGCUCCCCCUCAUCACUCACUUCUUCCAAGUCUGCUUCGCAAAACUCAUAGCUGUGCUCAUUCCCACAGCGACAAGGGCGGUACCAGCAUUCCUGAUCCUCAUCAAAUGCCAGAUCAUCUAGGUCAACACUUUCCACGCCGAUCUGAAAAGAGCCAUCUCUCUUCUCGCUCGGGCGAGACACUCGCAGCGCGGCGUCGUAAGCUGCCCGACAAGAAGGGUCGGAAAGGAUGGUGAGAGCAGUUGUGAUUUGGUCGACUGUGAAGCAAACAGAGGAUGGAUCUGAAUUUGUGACUUUGUCUGGGUGGUUACGGAGGAGGGCCCGGUGAUAGGCGCGCUUUAUGAGGGGUGUAGAAUCAUGCUGUGUGUCAAGUAGCGUGGGUGUGAGGUUGAGGACUUGGUAAUGCGUUGCCACUUCUGGUGAGGCCAUGCUAUGGGGUCGAGUUAUACAGAUGCGCGUUUGUCAAGUGAAUUCUGGACAACUAAAAGCUUGAAGGCUUCAAUGCCUGAUAUCACGUGAUACGCAUUCAACAGAUGAUGGAUGGAGCUAUUGUGAAAUCGCAGAUAUCUAUCUACCUUGGGUUACGUGGAGAAAUGAGAGCCAUAUUAAUGUUAGUUGGUGUAGAAGAUAGGAAGUUCAUGUCCCAGAACCUCCACACGCAAUGGUAGUUGGGUGGCCUGUAAUUUACGAAAGGGAAGCUGGAUCUUGAGUGCACAAUCGUUCUUUGACAAGACGGUCGCUGAUAUUGUUGUACAUAAAAAUACAUGGUGAAUGUACAGGGCGCGCCAAAGCAGUCAUUCCAUC